CUGCAGAACUACAUGGUGUGGCGUUUUGCUAUGAACAUGGUGGUUCACCUGAGCAGACCUUACAGGGAGACCAGGAAAGCCUUCCGAAAGGCUCUGUCUGGUACAACGUCAGAGGCAGCAGUGUGGCGACAAUGUGCACUUUAUGUCAACAGCAACAUGGACAAUGCUGUAGGACGACUGUAUGUACAAGAAGCUUUCUCUGAAAAGAGCAAAGAACUGGAGACACUUGCUGUCCCGUGACACCGACUGACAAAGAGGAGGAAAGCAUGACUCACAGGAGGAGUCAGCAGGUGACCAGAGAGAGCAGACUGGAGAUGGAAUCUCCUCCUGCAGCAGGGUCCAAGUGAAGAGGUCUGCUACUUCAUGUUGGAGCAAAGAAAUGUGUCCAUGGUGCCUAAUAAACACAAUGAAAUGAAUAAAUUAUGACAUGAUUUCCUAUAUUUUGUCAUUUGGUGCCACAUCACAUCAGGUGUCUCCUGGUAUCAUGCCACUUUAUAAAGUUUUGAG